AUGUGGGGAUUUGUUAGAAAAAUCAAGGAUUUCGGAACAAGAAGAUUUAAUACAGAAAAUAAUUAUUCAAGUUUCUCAAGAGCUAGAAGAAACGAAUUAAAAGAAAAACACCCUGAAAUAGGUGGAGAAGAGAGGAAAAAAAUGAUUGAUGAAGAAUGGGAACAAAAGUGUAGAGAAAGAGAGAAUUAUGAGAAUAGGAUGCUUUUAAACAGAGAUUUUUACUUGCAGGAUACGUUAAAAGUAGCUUACGAAUUAUUAGGGAAAGUAAUUGAGCAUCAGACUCCUGAGGGAACUAUAGCUGUAAUAAUAAAUGAAACUGAAGCUUAUACGGAUUAUGAUCCUGGGUCUAUUUCUUAUAAGGGAAAAAAGACCACUAGAAGCAGCUGAAUGUUCACUGAUGGAGGAAAUAUUUUCUUAUAUAAAAGUAUGGGGAUCCAUUUAAUAUGAAAUAUUAUAACUGAAACACCUGAUAGAGGAUGCGGAGUAUUGGUAAGAGGGUGUAUACAUUUAAGAGGAACUGAGUUUCUUAAUGGUAUUGAAAAAGUAAAAAAUGUAUUAAAAGCCAUGGAUGGACCUGGAAAAGUUACUAAAAAAUUAAGAAUUCCUAUGGAAUAUAAUGGGACAUCCAUAAUUCAUCCAGAUUCACCAAUAAAAAUCUACGAUGAAGGAUACAUCCCACAAAACGUAAAAACAACAACAAGAAUCAACGUCCCCAACGACUUACCAUGGAGGUUUGUUUGUAAUGAAUUUUUAAAAAAUAACGAAAUUUACCCAUAA